AUGGAGAACGUCAUCUCCUUUCUACAUAGUGCUACUGAACCAUGGUUGAGCUUACCCUCAGCCUUCGUGGAUAUUUACCCCAAGUGCAUCUUCCUGAGUGCAGUAGGGGUGCUUCUCUUGUACCUGAGGCACCUGCUACUGAAACCCUUCUUACCCACAUGGAACAAUCGAGACAUCAGAAAGCAACAGGGCAAAGCUAAGAAAGGAAGGAGAGCAUCAUCGAAAGAAUUUAGAAUCUUCCACAGAGAAGCAUGGGAGAGGAGGAAGCUGCUGUCUGUUGUGCAAAGCCCUUUUGGACGGCUGUACGAUGCCUCCCACUUUCGACAAGUACUCUGCCCAGACCCCUGCUGUGAUGUGUGCAAUGGAGCAACUGCCAAGGUCAGCCAUCUGCUGUCGUGGGCCACCCUCGAAGAUGGUGCUGCCUCUGCAUCCAGUGUGCCUUCCACAGCUUCUGUGACUGAGAAUUCAUUUUCUCUGUCCCCUCCCCGCUCACCGAGCCCUCCAGGAUGUCACACUUCGUCUCUGUCACCUGUACCUUCUCCUCCUCCCACCACUCUCUCAACUAACAAGGUCACCCCCUUGGAAGACAUACUUUUGUAUGCACCACAAGGUGACGCUCUGCCAUCAGAGCCUGUUCUUCCAAGCACUGAUUCCCCACUGGACCACAUCCCAUCUCAUCCACUUCCCACAUUUCCUCAAACAGAAGGGUCUUUACAACUGGAAAUCACUCCAUCCAUGGCGGGCAGCCCGAGUGAGUGGUUUGUCAAUGCCACAACAAACAAAGAAGCUUGUGGUUACGUGUCAGGGUUCUCAUCACAGUCGGAAUGCCUGGUUAAGGCCCACUCUUCUAAAGCUUUUUUGGGGAGACAAACCACAGACUAUUUCACAACGCCUGGAAAACUCUCUUUCCCCAGCCCCAAAGUCCUGGUGCUGCUUGAGAGACGAGACGAAAGUCAGGCUGACUUUCUUAUGCUGAAGGAUGGGGAAGAAAAAGCAGAAGCUUUCCAAAAAGCACUUACAACUUGGGAGGAAAUCCCAGAGUCCGCUACUGAGUCGCAGAACUCAGGAGGCUCUCGUCCUCUGGGGGGCAGCAAAAGCAUGCUCAGUGAGCUGAUCACGCACCAGGGGCUUGCUCAGGCUCAAACCACUGAAGACCAGUCAGAACCCAAGUUUACACAGCACUUUUGGGGUCUCCCAUAUCUCCACAGCGAGUCCAUGAACGCUAUCAGUACACUGUCAGCUCACUGUUCCUCAACCUACAUCUGGUUCAACGGAACCCCAGACUCCUCAGUCCUGACUCUUCCCACACCUCUGUCUUUGCCUGAGAGCCCAUCACAGAUGUUGUCCCAAUCUCAGUCCCAAGGUGUCCUGCUUGCCAUGUCCCAGACCCAGUUUCAACCUCCAAUCCCAGAGACAUCAUCUUCCUCUCAAUCUCAGCUUAGGAUCUGUGGGGUGUAUUUUCAUAGGUCCCAAGACAAGACAAAAACUCUGCUGCAAGCCCAAAUCCACCACCUAGAAUGCAGCAUCAUGACAAAGGUACAGCAGAGGGUGUGGGGUUUACCCUCAGUAGUCCAAAAGUCUCAGGAAGACUUUUGUCUCCUACCUUCCAAGCCCUCAUUGGUCAGGCAGUCCUCCGAGACCCAUGCUCCCAGGUCCGUUCCUCCUGGAGACUUUCCCCUGACUGAUGCAUUCCGGAAGAAACUCGAGCGCCACCUUCAAAAGCGGUUCAUCCUACAGCGCUGGGGCCUGCCUCAGAGGAUCUUUAAGUCUCAGCCAUGGGUGAGUCCUGACCUUUCAGAGUCAUCUCCGUGCAGCUACGGGCUCUCAUGGGCCUCUUUCUUUCAGUACCAGGAGAGCAAAGACCCACACGACACUGCGUCGAACCAACCUGGAAGCUCGCAAGAGAGGUACUCAGAGAGUCUCUCUCUAGAGGGAAAAAUGGUAAAGGCACAAGGACAGAGUCCAGAGAUUGCCCAAAAAUGUCUAUGGAGUAACUCUAAGGGCGCUCUAGGUAAUGGUCUGCAAUCUGACUGUAAGACGAACCUACGAAGCCACCCAGGCAGUCUGUCAGGCAAACCUUCAGGGACCUCACAGGUGAGACAAUGUCGGAAAAAACUUGAAACUGCCCUGCAUCUCAAGGAUGGACAUGUCAAAAGCACAUAUGCAAUGACAAAAUCUGUUCUGCAUCAGGCAUCCGUUGGCUUAGACAACUUCAGACUGAAAGAGUCAGAGGGCAAUAGACAUAGCCCAGAUGUGCCCAGAAUAUCCACUGAGGCUGGCCCUGUGCCAGUGGGUAAGCAACUGGAUUCCAGCAAAACAGUCCAGGAGCCUCAAGGAACAAAGAUGAAUGACAAAAACACAUUUGUAUCCAACAAGGUCAGUAACAUAGUCAAGAGAGGGCAGCUCAGUGGUCUUCAACCACAACCUACCAAGAUCUUGAACACCAGCCAGUGCAAGAGUACCCAAGGGGCAGAUGGGAAUACAAAAAAAGUGCAAAGUACUCUGGUAGCUGGAAGGGCCCAGAAGGAAAUAUCAGGUUUCCAGGAAAGUCAGACAUCUGACUGCAAUAGUCAGCUAUCUAGGGAGGAGAAAUUUAAAGCAGAAAGCAGACUGCCCAUCCAAGCUCUAGGGCCCCCAAAUGACAUGCUCCCUGCCUCCAAUAAAUUCACUUACAAACCUUUACCCAUGCAUGACCAAAGCCCUUCCAGGGGACCCAUGAAUGCUCCUCAGGUGCAGCAACAGGAGCCCUGGAUGCCUCCUCACAUCUUGGGUAAGGGCCAGGACAAGGACAUCCCUCUGUCUGCCAAGAAAGUAUGUCCUGCUACGUGGAGAACGAAAGAGCUUGGAGCAGGGCUUACAAGGUCUGGGACAUUACAGGCCAAUGGGAAGAGCUGCCAUUCACAGAACAGCCCAAGCCAGGGGAAUUAUGGGGAGAAGCCCACCCACCCCCUGCCAGUGAAGGCGCUGACCCCUCCUGAACACCAGUUCAGGAAGCACAUCAAACACCUUUUGCAGUGGCUUUCUCCUGACAGAAAGUGCAAAGGGCAGGAAACAUUGCUGAGAAAAGGUGCUUCUCUAUCGUCAGUGCAGGGCCCAGAGCUGUGGAAGGCAAGAGCUACCUUUCCAGGGAACACUGUCGCUCAGAAAGCCAUGAGAGACCCUGGGAGAGUCCCCAAGGAGCAACUGGGACAUAGGCAUAUUGCAGCAGACACCAUGCACCCCCAUGUGCCCCUAUCUCCUUCUAUCAAGCCUGUGAAAACUAAUCCAAAGAAAGUAUCUUGGGUCCCAGCCGAGCCAGUGCAGGGGUACCCAUUCCACCACAAAGCAACCUGCCCUAAGGUGCCAAGUCCCAGGUCCUACAACCAGGCCACUGCUUUUGUUGGUCCAAAGAGAUGGGUAGACGACAGGGACAGACAGUCCCACAAAGGUAUGGUUUUACAGCCACACCCACCUGCACCCUACAGGUAGCCAGGGCCUCAACGAAACCUCCUCUCCUUGGGCAGCACCACCCUUUACUGU